AUGAGUGUAUAGAAUGAUAAAAGAACACUCCUUAGUCUUGAAGAAUGUUUACUAAGACGUAGUUCACAGUUUACCAGUGCUCAGUAUCUAGUGGAAAAUGGAAGAGGAUAUCUCCAGAUCUUAUUCUAACAUUGUGUCGGGACUUCCAGGCCCAAGAAGACAUGACGACUCAGAAAACACAACUAAUCCAUCACAAGAAGAAUUUCAAGGAAGAAGAGAGGAACGAAAGGGAAUAAACAGAGAUAGAAAUACAUUACCAAAAGCCAGACAAAGACAGGGACCACCAUGUCCAGAUGUUUUGGCUUAUUCCACAAGAACUUUCACCAACAGGAACUACAUGUCCCGAUCAAGUUAUUAUGAUUCAAGAGAACACAUUCAUAACAGCUGUGAAGCUGUCAGCAGUUCAAGAGAAAGGGUUUACAACACAACCUACAGAACCCAUUCUUCAAGAGAAAAGGUUUAUGAUAAUAAACCCAGCACACUGCCAAGAUCCUAUGGGAGAAAAGAAUCAAAGGAGGAGAAUAGAGAAAAGUCGGGAACAUUGCCCAGAUAUAAUAGAACUCCGAGACAAAGAACCUAUUCAGGAGGAGAUCAGGGAGUCUAUAGAGGACAUGGACGAGGAGGAACACAAGCUCCUAGUCUCAGGAGGAUUAAUAAACAGAGGGAGAUCAAACAACAGACAGAUAGCAGGACUAGAAGAGCGCAGUCUCUUCCUAAACAAGAUUCUGCCACAUCCAGAAAUCAAUUAUCAAAAUCCUUAAUGACUAUGUGGACACCAGAUGGGAAAUGCUUGUCUUUCGCUGAUAUGCUGAAAGGGGGAUCUAACAAUGACUUAGAUCAGUGUGCUAUAAAAGGUCCGUCAAGUAAUUUGAAAGAGAUUGAAACCAUUGAGCAGGAGAAGGUUACAACUGACAUGAAUUUAAAAUCAUUUAAUACACAAGACCAAAGUAAUAAUGAUAAUACACACAUGGAAACCUCUGUGGAGAAAGCAUCUGUAGAAACCACUAGAAUUGUGGAGACAAAGAAUUCAAAAGUAUCUGCUGUAGAACAGUUAGAAGAAAACUCAUUUCAGUUUAUUGAUUCCAACUCCUUCUUCACUGUUGAACAAAAUGAAACAGAUGAGGUUGAAGCAACAAGUUCUGAAAUGCCAAAUCUUGAAGUUUGCCAUGAGGAAGCACAUACACUGGAUUUGAAACUAGAACCAUGUCUAGAAAAUACAAUACGUAAUGAGCCUAUUCCAAAAGAUUUUCAAGAGGAAGUAAAAGAUAAAAUCAUACCUAAACCAUCAAUAAGUCAUAUUCGUUCAUAUGCAAAUAUCUUAUCUGAAGGGCUUACCAUGGUAAGGAAUGUUUUUAAACAAAAAACAAAAGAUGAAAUCAUAAUAGAAAAAGAGAUUAAGAAGAUCAAUAAACCAGCAGAGAAAGUUAUUGUUUCAAAUGUAUCAGAAUCACUGACCCUAAAACAUCCAAAUCCAAAUACUCAAGAUUCCAAAACACUUGAUAUUCAACUAGGAAUACCAGGCCUACUUUUUAAACAGGAUUUGGAGAGAAGGAAUUCUAAGAAAAAAAGAAAAUCGAGAGUGCUGGAUGAAAGUCUGGACAUAACCAAUGAAAAUAAGCAAAUAUCGAAGGAAAAUCAGAACAUUCCUGAAAAUUCAGGCAUGUCAAACCUUACUGAAAACAUGCCAAAAGUAAAUUCCAAGGAGGAAAGGAAUCCAAAUUCAAAGGAGAAUAAAUCUAAGGAAGCUCAUAUUAAACCAAUUGCAUCAGAUACAUUUGUAGAAAUUCUAUCAGAAUCUGCUGCAGAUAUUGAUAAAUCACAAUCAUCUAAAAAUGCUACAUUAAAGCGACGCUUAUCAAAGAAAAAGAAAGAAGUAGUCGAGAAAAAGUUCAAAGAUGAUAUUGACCAAGCUCUACAUGAAAUUAUGGUUAUGGAAGAAGAAUUAAGAGCCAGAGAAAAUUCAAUUAAAAGUAAAAGAUCUUUUAAGAAAGGAAAAUACAGAAAAUCUAUUACUGACAAAAAAUCAGAGCUAAGUGGCACAUUAUCAGAUGAUGAAAGUGGAACUGAUUUGAAUAAACUAAAUUUAGAUGAAAACAUUCCAACAUAUGUUUCAUUGCCAAUAGUAAAGAAAUAUUCCCAACGUCAAGAUACUUUAAUAAUUGAUGAUACAAUUAGUAAUAACUCUGAUGAGAUUAUUUGCCUUGAAGAUGGCCCUCUGUCACCUGCAGAUAACUUUUUAGUUGAAAUUGUAUCACCUCUUGGAAUUCAGGAAGAUCUAAAAGAAAAAGUAUUGGUAGAAGCUUUGGACAAAUUUGACAUGGAGAAAGAUAUGUUUACUUCGGUAAAAACAAUUCAGGAACAUCAAUAUCUUGGUGAUCAUGAGGAUACAUGUAAAAAUACAAUGUCGACUAAAACUUUGGAUGAGGAUGCUAAAUCUCUAAACCUUCAAACAUCAAUUGACCAAGAAGCAAUCAAAGCUCAAAAGGCAUUGCCUGAAAGCAUUGAUGAAAGUAAUCUAAAAAAAGAAAGUAUCAAAAUAAGCACUGAUUGGAUGAUAGAUGAUGUAGGAACAAUUGAAUCAUCAGAUGAAGAGCCGGAAAAUGCUGUAUCCAGUGAAGAAAGCAGAAAACUAACUCAGAAUAAGUCUCUGCCAGAAAUGAGCAGUAAUUUAAAAGCCCAUGUUCUAGGGAAUAAGAGAGAAUUAGACACCAAGGACGAUCAUGUUAAAAUGGCGAAUGACAAUUCUAAAACAGAAACUCUUUAUAGAGAUAUUAGCAAUGACUGGAUGAUUGAUGAUGUUGGUACUAUAGAAUCAUCAGACGAGGAAGAAAACACAAUUCCAACUAGCAAAGACAAAAUUCAACAAUUAAGAUCUGAAGUUGAUGUCAACCAAAAACCUGAGAAAGAAGAAAAUAUUGCAGAAAAUGUAGAAUCUUCGAAAGGGGAAAAAAAUAAUACAAUAAAUAAAGACAAUAUUGAGCUAUAUGUUCAAGAGGAUAAGGUAGAAGAAAAGAUUUGCAAAGAUGAUCAUAAACCUGAUAUCAGUGAUAACUGGAUGGAUGACGAUGUUGGAGUAAUAGAAUCUUUAGAUGAACAAGAAAACAUUAAUCCAGAGACCAGUCCAGAAGUCAAGGUUGAUGAAAAACAGGAGAAUAAAAACCUUAGGUCUGAAAUUGAUGAUGAUUGGAUGGAUGAUGAUGUUGGAAUAAUAGAAUCUUCAGAUGAAGAAGAAAAUAUUAUUCCAGAGACCAGUCCAGAGGUUAAGGUUGAUGAAAAACAGGAGAAUAAAAACGUUAGGCCUGAAAUUGGUGAUGAUUGGAUGGAUGAUGAUGUUGGAAUAAUAGAAUCUUCAGAUGAAGAAGAUAUUAUUCCGAGCAUUAAAGAAGUUAAAAUUGACAAAAAACAGGAGAAAGAAAAGCUUAGCCAUGAAAUUAGCAAUGACUGGAUGAAUGAUGAUGUUGGUACCAUGGAAUUGUCAGAUGAUGAUGAUGAGGAUAGCUCAGCAAAAUCUAGAAUUAAUCAGGAUGAAGUCAGGCUAGCUCUACCACAACCAACAUAUUCCAGCAUAGUAGCAAAAGAAGUAUCAUCAAAUUCAUUGCAAGAUGAACAGAAGAAGCCAGAUGCUGUCAUUUCAGUUCCAGGUCCUCAUGUUACUCUUAUAGUAGCUGUAGAUGAACAUUUAAAAGGCAAGAAUAAUGUAGAUGAAGAUGGAUAUCAGCCAGUUGUUAACAAGAAAGAAAGGCAGCCAAGAAAAGUCAGCGAUAGUUUAUUUCCAUCUUCAGAAGACAUGCAAAUAAGUGAAGCAAUUACACAGAAAGAUUCAGGUUUUAAACCAGAACAGUCUGGAAAUGAAAUUAGUGACAGUUGGAUGAUUGAUGAUGUUGGAACUAUAGAAUCUUCAGAUGAGGAAGAAGAAAAUAUUAAGUCAACAAUCAAAGCAAUGGAUCAGCAAUCAAAGACAGAAAUAAACAAAGAUUUGAAAAAUUAUAAAAACUAUAAAAGUCAGGAAAUCUCUGAUGAUUGGAUGGUUGAUGAUGUUGGGAUCAUAGAGUCAUCAGACGAAGAAGGAAAUGAUGCUGAAUCUAAUGUUUCUUUAAUUCAGAACAAGUUCAGUAAAUCAGAUUCAAUGAAACAAACAAAAUCUUCAAUUGAGCAGAAUGAAGUUAUGUUAGCUCUUCCACAACCAACAUAUUCUAGCAUAGCAGCCAUAGAAGUAUCAUCAAAUUCAUUGCAAGAUGAACAAAAGAAGCCUGAUGCUGUCAUUUCAGUUCCAGGUCCUCAUGUUACUCUCAUAGUUGCUGUAGAUGAACAUUUAAAAGGCAAGAAUAAUGUAGAUGAAGAUGGAUAUCAGCCAGUUGUUAACAAGAAAGAAAGGCAGACAAGAAAAGUCAGCGAUAGUUUAUUUCCAUCUUCAGAAGACAUGCAAAUAAGUGAAGCAAUUUUACAGAAAGAUUCAGGUUUUAAAUCAGAACAGUCUGGAAAAGAAAUUAGUGACAGUUGGAUGGUUGAUGAUGUUGGAACUAUAGAAUCUUCAGAUGAGGAAGAAGAAAAUAUUAAGCCAACAAUCAAAGCAAUGGAUCAGCAAUUAAUGACAGAAAUAAACAAAGAUUUGAAAAAUUGUAAAAACUAUAAAAGUCAGGAAAUCUCUGAUGAUUGGAUGGUUGAUGAUGUUGGGAUCAUAGAGUCAUCAGACAUAGAAGGAGAUGAUGCUGAAUCUAAUGUUUCUUUAAAUCAGGGUAAGUUGACUUCAAUAACAGAAACACAAUCUUUGAUUGAGCCGAAUGAAGUUAUGUUAGCUCUCCCACAACCAACAUAUUCUAGUAUAACAGCCAAAGAAGUGUUAUCAAAUACCUUGCAAGAAGAACAGAAAAAACCAGAUGCUGUUAUUUCAAUUCCAGGUCCUCAUGUUACUCUUAUAGUAGCUGCAGAUGAACAUCUAAAAGUUGCAACUUGUGUUGAUGAAGAGGGCUAUGAGCAAGUUUUUACAAAGAAAAAAAAAAUAAUGAAUAAAAUCAGCACUAACAGUUUAUCAGAACCUGAUGAGAAGAAAAAUACAGAAGUUAAAGAUGAAACAAAAACAUAUGAAACUGAACAGCAGAAGCAUUAUUCUAGAACAGAAAUCAGUGAAGACUGGAUGAUUGAUGAUGUUGGAUGUAUAGAAUCAUCAGAUGAAGAGGAAAUAAUUUUUGAAGAAGGCAAAAAUUUGAUUUUUGAUCAAAAUGUACAGAAUAAGUCUGAAUCAAAAGCCAUUCAAAAAAUUAGCUUAGAAUCAAGUUUUGACUGGAUGAUUGAUGAACCAGUACAAAUGAAUUCUUCAGAUGAAGAUGAAAAUGGGAUAGUUUUAUUAUCAUUGCCCACAGAGCAUGAGAAGUAUGCAGUCAAGUCUGAAACAAAUUUAAUCUCUGCAAGCUCUAAAUCAACUCUGAGUAUUCAUCAUAGUGAACCAGGUAAAGGCACAGAAUCUGAAACCUUUGUUCAUCAGGAUGCCAAAUGUUUAAAUGAAAAUUGUUACUCUCCAACUUGUAAUGGCAAGAAGAAAUGCUACAGCUCCCUAUGCAAACAAUAUGAAAUCACUCACAUUGAAACAGAUGGUAGAGGGUCAGCUAUGAGUGAAGCUCAAAGAUUCUCUUGUGAUGAUGAACAGUUUGAUGAAUUUCCAUUACAGUUGCAUGAACCAAGUGAAAGAGCUGAAAAAACCUCUUGGGCGUUCGUUGUUUCAAACAACAAAAGAGAUAACAUGCAAACAGGAAGCCCUGAACCUCACAAGCUUAUUUUGAAAGAAACCCCCUGCCCUCCUUUGGUUAUAGAAAUUGUAGAGAAAGAAAAAAUGGAAGUCCAAGUAGACAGUGAAGGCUACACAUGUGUUAAAACCAAAAACAAAUCCAAAAAGAAAAUUACGGAAAGAAAAGAAUUACCAAUCGAUUUAAUUGACAAACUUGACCAGCCUCUUUGUGCAAGACCGUAUAAGGAAGAACCAAUGGUUUUUGAAGAAGAAUUAACUGAAGAGGAGAGUGGGGUUGAACCAAAUACUGACUCAGGAAUGAUAAAUACUGCAGAUUUGGAAAUUGAUUCUUCUAAGACAUCAAAUGAAUGUGUCAUAAACACAGAUACAAAUGAGCUCGUAAAGUUUGAUGAUCCCUGGCUAGCUGUGAAGGAGGAAUAUGUAAGACCAGAAAUAGAUGUUGAUGCAAAGACUGGUUAUUUAAUUGACGUUAAAAUUUCAACAAAGGAAACAUGUCUUGGAAGAAAGCUGCACGCAAGUGAAGCACAGGAAUGGAAAAUGGAUGUACAAUGUGUUCAACAUGAUUCUUGUCCUGACAUUAUAGACAGAUCAGUUGGUUGUCAUGAAACUGAGAAAUCAAGUGGAUCAUCAAGGUUAAAUGAAAAAUCAUUAGCACCUUCAUGGAUGAGAAAAGCAAUUAAAGAAAAUGAAAAGCAAAAAUCUAAGAUUAAAACAUCUCCAUUUGGUGAAGUAGUGUCCAAGAACAAGUCUGAACUUGCUGGGAAAGAAAAGGAGGAAAGUAGAGUUGAGGAAAAACAAGUUCAACCUGAAGAGGAAGUGUAUUGGAGAAUAAAGAAUAAAGUAAAGAAGAAGCGAAGGAGAACCACUUCUAACACAAGCUGUGGUAGUGACCCAACAUUCUCAGACAAUAGUAAUAGCAAUUCUCUGUCUAGGAAAGAUCUGAAAGAUUCACAAAGACCAGUUUUGUCCAAAAUUCCAAGUGAAUCAGUUGACAAUAAACCAGAUGUUUCAAAUUAUCAAACACUCUUUGAUUCAGAAGUUGUUUGCAUUCAUGAAGUCAGUCUUGAAUCCCCUGUUCUAGAAAGAAAUGAAAAAGAAACCUUGAUUAGCCCUGAACAUGCAGUUAGAACAAUGGAGCUCAGAACAAGAAAAAUAUCAACUUGUAAAGAGACCAAUGUCAAUGAGUUUAUAAAUGAAAUUGUUUCUGACAAGGAAAGCAUGGAAAUUGCCAAUUCAGUUAUGGAAAUUAAAGAUGAAGAUUAUCCGGCUAAUUUAAACUCUGAUGUUGUAAUUCAUAUUGACGAGACUGAUUCUCAUUGUACUGAAUCCAAAAUGCUUGAUGCCGUUGAAAUGGAUCGAGUAUCAACUCCAAUUGAACAAAGAAUUGCUUUCAAUCGCCAAACCUCAAGAGAAAUGGAAGAGGCAUUUACUGUGCAACGGCCUCUAAGAAAGGCCUCAACCGGAGACAAACUAGCUGACAAUCAGCUAUUAACAACUCCAGCAACAAACAGCUUUGCUGGCCUUCCAGUAGACAAUUCCUGCACAGCUUGGAUAAAUGAUGAAACUAUUCCAAUGGAGAGUAGCAAUGAAGAAGAUUUGGAGAUUCAGGAAAAAGUUGAAGAAACAGACUCAAUUAGCAAAAAAAGAUGGGUGGAGAUAACUGCCAAAGUUAUUGAAAAUAAUAGAGCUAAAUCUCCCAAAAAAUCUAGAGUAGAGCUGCCUUCAGCUAAGCCAAUAAUUGUUUGUAAAAGUGAUGAAGAGGAAAAAGAUAUUCUAAUAGAUGAGGAUGGAUUUGAAGUUGUAGAAAGCAAGAUAAGUAGAAGAAAUAGAGCGAUCACUGAGCAGAAAACCGACGAAAAAUUAGUUUCUGACACAACUUCUCUUAAAGCUGUAUCUGAUAAAAAUAUUGAAGCUUCUGAAACUCGAUAUAAUGAAAAUAAAGAAAGAAAACAAGAGUUUUCUGAGCUGUCUUCUGCUAAACCUGAAAACAAACAUUUUCUCAACUAUUCCAAGGACAGUUUUUGGUUGGACAAAUCGUUAUAUGAUGAUGCAGAAAAUAAGUUUUUUUCUAAGCCAAAGCAAAAGAUAGGUACCACUCAAAAACCUUCAAAUGACAGGAAAGAUGACGAUGAUGAAGAUGAUGAAAUACACAAGAAGAAAAUGAAGAAGAACACAACUAAAAACAUACCUCAGAAAGAAAAAUCUUCGACAGGAGUUGAAAAUCAGGAUUUGAGUAUGGAUACCUACUGUUGGACGGAUGAAAGUACAUAUCUUAGUCCAAAGAUAUCUUUGCUUGCUCCCUCUACUAUUCUCAUGGAUAGGAUAUCUGACUUCUCCACCAAACCAUUUCUCCAGGUUUCCUUCGACCCAGCUAUAAUUGAAAUAAAGGUAAAGCUGGAUGAUCUCCGUAGUGGAGUUAGAUCAGUAGAUGAACAACUUCAACUACUCUCUGAUGAUCAGCUAGAGGGACAAGUUGGAAUCAUCAAGUUUACUGUUGGUAAACUGGAGGAUCUGACAAGAGACUCAGCUGAGAUAGAAACCAGAAUUCAGAGCGCUACUACUGAGCAUGGUGCAGGAGUAUCCGAUCUACAAGUUGUAGCUGCUGAGCUGGCCGGCCUAAAGACACAGCUGGUCAGUCUAGGGACCCAGGCAGAGUCUAGGCGAGGUCGUCUUGACAAUUAUAUCCUGGAGAGACGGAGACGUGUGACCGAGAUUAAAAAGUAUCAGUCCCUCCUGAUAGACCUUGAGGUUUGGCUGAAUGAAGUUCAAGCUACCCUGACCUCUGACCUCCGUCUAACCAGCCUUAAGGUUGUUAGAGAUCAGAUUAGAGGCUGCCAGGUUCUUGAAGAGGAUCUCCGUGUUCGGGUUGACCAGCUUUCCCUACUGUCACGUGAUGUAUCCCAGCUCUCCUCCAACCCGGACGUAUCCGGGUUUGUUGAGGAGAUGGUGUCCAGGCUGGGGGGUCUCCAGGACACAAUGUCCCGGACCCAGGUCGGACUGGCCGGCAGGCUAGCUCAGCUCCAGGCUGCGCUGCGGGAAAUGGUGAUAGGGUAUCCAGAGGGGUUCGAUAUAGAGAAGGAGAUCUCAGAUGUUAUUGAGGAAUCUGAAUCUAAGAGAAGAAUGGAACAGAUCAGAUCUACAACAAUUCUACCCUUAAAAUCUGUACAGAGUUCAGAGAAUCUGGAAAAUUUGCCUGAUCUUGAAAAUGUAACUAGCAUUGUCUCUGAAAGUUAUUCUACCGGUGUUGUUCAUGAACCAGAGGAAGUCUUGGAUCAUGAGGACUGGGAGUUACUGGAUCAACCUAUUCUUGAUGUUAAGCUGGAUGUUCUUAGUACUUCAGAAAUUAGAAUGAAUUUACCCUCGAUGGAUGAAUACCCUGACAGUAUUCAGGAAUCCAAAUCCACAAUUCAAUCAGUUACAACAGACACAGAGUCUUUUAUACCUUUCCAAGGGAACGUAAGAGUAAAAAUAAUACGUGGUAAGGAACUCCAGAAAAUGGAUACUUUUAGAAAAUCUGACCCAUACGUCGUAUUUUCCUAUCAGGGUAAAGAUAUCAAAACUGAUAUUCAGAAAAAUACUCUUACACCAAACUGGAACAAAGAAUAUGAUCUUGUAAUAACUAAAGAUAAUCAGCUGAUAAGUUUCAAGGUGUAUGACUGGGAGAGAGUAGGGAAGGAUGAAAGUAUGGGGGAAGUUUGUUUGAACAUAACAGAUUUUAUAAAUCAAACUAGGCAGGGACCAAAAUGGUUUAAAUUAGAAAACUGUAAAUCUGGAUUUAUUCUCCUCCAGAUGGAGAGUUCAGAGACGCAAUCACUUGCUGACACAAUUAUUCAACAUGAUAUACAAAAGGAGUCACUUCAGAGUCAAAGUGAGAAGUUGCUUCAAAUUUCCAAAACUGAUGAGAAGGUUGAAAACACAACAAAGAAGUUAGUGGUUGAAAGGGUUGUAAGCAGAACUACUAAGAGAACUAUUAGAAAAGUUAAAAUUAUUGAUGGGGUUGAGCAUGUUACAGAGGAGACUAUUGAUGACUCUAAUAGAGAUAAUGUGAGACCUGAAGAUGAGUGGGUUCAAAUUCCUAUUAUUCGGAUGGAUAAAAUUGAUGAACUUGAUUCUCCAGGUGUGGUUAUCACUGAGCUGUCUGAUGAGGAAGAGCCCUUGGAUUUGACAUUAAAGCCGGAGAUGGAAACAUGUUUAGUCCAUACACCAACUGAAGUUUCAGAUGAAUCAUUUGAUGCCAAAGCGAUAGAAAUUGAAGAGUUUAUUAAUGCACAACAGAGUUAUAUCCCCUCAGAACAAGAAUUAUCUGUGGACAUCUCAGUGUCAGCAUUUAAAACCUCUUCUGCCUCUACAGUAGAAAUUCCUAUUGUAAGAGUUAAUACUGAAACUUCCCCAGAUUUUGUUAAAACUUCAGAUGUGCUAAAUUCGAUCAGCGAGGUUGAUCAUAGUUCUUCUAGAAUUUUAGAAGUUGUUCCAGAACAUAAAGAAGAUGAGGCUAAAAAGAAUUGGUUUGUAAAUAUACCAAUCAUUAGAGUUGAUAAAAAGUCAUCAGAAGCAAUAUUAAAUAUAGAUGCUUUAUCUUCAACUGCAACUCCUGAAGUAGAACUACAAACUACAACUCCUAAAGUAGAACUAUCAACUACAAUUGCUGGAGUAGAACUUUCAAUUUCAUCUAGUGAGGUAGAACUAUCAACUGAAGUACCGACUGAAGUAGAACCAUCAACUGAACUACCUACUGAAGUAGAACUAUCAAAUACAACUGCUGAAGUAGAACUGUCAACUGAACUACCUACUGAAGUAGACCUAUCAACUACAACUGCUGAAGUAGAACUAUCAACUACAACUACUGAAGUAAAACUAUCAACUAAAACUGCUGAAGUAGAACUAUCAACCACAACUAAUGGAAUAGAACUAGUAACUGCAACUACUGAAGUACAAAUAUCAACAGCACCUACUGAAGUACAACUAUCAACUGCAACUACUGAAGUAAAACUAUCAAAUACAACAAAUACAACUGCUGAAGUAGAACUAUCAACCGCAACUACUGAAGUAGUACUAUCAACGACAACUGCUGAAAUAGAACCAUUAACUGCAACAUUCAAAGAAGAAAAAUCUACUGGAGAAGAACUAUCAAUUACAACUAAUGAGGUAGAACUGUCAACUACAACUCCUGAACUAGGACUAUCAACUGAAACUACUGGAGUUGAGCUAUCAACUGUAACGGCUGAAAAACAACUAUCAACUACAACUUCUGAAGUAGAACUAUCAACCUCAACUUAUGGAGUAGAACUAUCAACUGCAAAUACUGAAGUAGAACUGUCCUCUACAACUUCUAAAGUACAACUAUCAAAUACUGAAGUAGACCUAUCAAUUGCAACUUCUCAAGUAGAACUAUCAGCUGUAACUGCUGAAGUACAGCUAUCAAAUACAACUUCUAAAGUAGAUUUAUCAACUGCAACUGCUGAAGUAGAAUUAUCAACUGCAACUUCUGAAGUAGAACGACCAACUGCAACUGCUCAAGUAGAACUAUCAACUGCAACUACUGAAGUAGAAUUAUCAACUGCAACUACAAAAGUAGAAAUAUCAACUGCACCUACCAAAGUAAAAUUAUCAACUGCAACUACUGAAGUAGAACUAUCAACUGCAACUACAAAAGUAGAAAUAUCAACUGCACCUACCAAAGUAAAAUUAUCAACUGCAACUGCUGAAGUAGAACUAUCAACUGCAACGACUGAAGUAGACUUAUUAACUGCAGCUUUGAAAGUAGAACCAUCAACUGCAACUACUGAUGUAGAACUAUCAACUUUAACUGUUGAGGAAAAACUAUCAACUACAACUACUGGAUCAGAUAUAUCAAUUGUAACUACUGAAGUAGAACUAUCAAAUACAACUACUGAAGUAGAACCAUCAACUGCAACUACUAAAGUAGAACAUUCAACAGUAAAUACUGCAAUUGAACUAUUAACUGCACCUAUUGGAGUAAAAUUAUUAACUGCAAAUCCUGGAGCAGAUUUUUCAACUAAAGCUACUGAAGCAGAAGUAUCAAAUGCAACUACUGAAGUAGAACUACCAACUGCAACUACUGAAGUAGAACUAUCAACUUCAACUGUUGAAGAAAAACUAUUAACUACGACUACUGAAGUAGAACUAUCAACUGCAACUACUGAAGGAGAACUAUCAACCUCAACUGUCGAAGAAAAAUUAUCAACUAAAACUUCUGGAAUGGAAUUAACAACUGGAACUGCUAAAGUAGAAAUAACAGCUGCAACUGCUAAAGUAGAACUAUCAACUAAAACUACUGAAGAAGGAUUACUAACUACAGCCAAUAAUGAAAUGCUAUUGGCAUCUAAAAUAGAAUUUAAAACAUCGACAACUGGAUUAGAAAUAUCUAAUAUUUCUAUACCAGAAUCUACAACAUCCCCUGUAUCACUCAGUGUUUCAUCUGUACCAGAAACUACAACAUCCCCUGUAUCACACAGUGUUUCAUCUGUACCAGAAACUACAACAUCUCCUGUAUCACACAUUGUUGCGUCUGUACCAGAAACUACAACAUCCCCUGUAUCACACAGUGUUACAUCUGUACCAGAAUCUACAACAUCCCCUGUAUCACACAGUGUUACAUCUGUACCAGAAAUUACAACAUCCCCUGUAUCACACAGUGUUGCGUCUGUACCAGAAACUACAACAUCCCCUGUAUCACACAGUGUUACAUCUGUACCAGAAACUACAACAUCCCCUGUAUCACACAGUGUUACAUCUGUACCAGAAACUACAACAUCUCCUGUAUCACACAGUGUUGGGUCUGUACCAGAAACUACAACAUCCCCUGUAUCACACAGAGUUACAUCUGUGCCAGAAACUACAACAACCCCUGUAUCACACAGUGUUGCAUCUGUACCAGAAACUACAACAUCCCCUGUAUCACACAGUGUUACAUCUGUACCAGAAACUACAACAUCCCCUGUAUCACACAGUGUUACAUCAGUACCAGAAACUACAACAUCCCCUGUAUCACAUAGUGUUACAUCUGUGCCAGAAACUACAACAUCUCCUGUAUCACACAGUGUUUCAUUUGUACCAGAAACUACAACAUCCCCUGUAUCACACAGUGUUACAUCUGUACCAGAAAUUACAACAUCCCCUGUAUCACACAGUGUUAUUUAUAUACCAGAAACUACAACAUCUCCUGUAUCACACAGUGUUACGUCUGUACCAGAAAUUACAACAUCUCCUGUAUCACAUUGUGUUAUUUCUGUACCGGAAACUACAACAUCCCCUGUAUCACACAGUGUUACAUCUGUACCAGAAACUACAACAUCCCCUGUAUCACAGAAUGUUAAAUCUGUACCAGAAACUCCAACAUCCCCUGUUUCACAAAGUGUUACAUCUGUACCAGAAACUACUACAUCCCAUGCAUCACAAAGUGUUAGGCCUCUACCAGAAACUACAACAUCUCCUGUAUCACACACUGUUACAUCUGUACCAGAUAUUACAACAUCUCCUGUAUCACAUUGUGUUAUUUCUGUACCGGAAACUACAACAUCCCCUGUAUCUCACAGUGUUACAUCUGUACCAGAAACUACUACAUCCCAUGCAUUACAAAGUGUUAGGUCUCUACCAGAAACUACAACAUCCCCUGUAUCACACAGUGUUACAUCUAUACCAGAAAGCACAGCAUCCACAGUAUCACACAUUGUUUUGUCUGUACCAGAAACUACACAUGUAUCUGACAGUAUUAUGUCUGUACUAGAAACCAAAACAUCUUCUGAGCAUCAAAGUAAUGCAACUGAAUCAGAAAAAGCAGCAUCCUUUGAAUCACAGAUGAUUACAACUGUGCCAGAAAAUACAACAUCCCUUAUACCACACAGUGGGAUAUCUGUAACUGAAAUGAAAACUUCAUAUGUAGCUCAUAGUGUGUCAUUGGUACCAGAAACGGUGAUGUUCUCUGAUUCUGAUGAUGUAUUAUCAAUACCAGAAACUGAGUUGAUGUCUGUACCUGUAACUUCUACAUCUGUUGUAUCACUCAGCUUGGUAUCAGUUACAGAAACCACAACAACAUCUGUAUCACAUGGCUUAGUUUCAUUACUAGAACUCUCAUCUUCUGAUUCUAUGAUUCAGACGUCAGGGGUAUCAAUACCCAAAACUUUAGAUAAAGUGGUAUCAGUAAUAUCUACUUCAACAGGGCAUGUAUCAGAAUUAAAUAGUUUUCCUUCUAGACAAGACAGAGAAAGCGCCCCAGUCUCACCUGACCUUGUCGAAUACAGAGUUCAAGACACUUCAGAUGUUUUGGAACCUUUUAAACACAAAAGUCAAGAAGUUGUUUUUUUAACAAUUCAUGGGGCCAAAAAUCUACCAAAGUCAGAUAUUCUAGGCAAGGGGGAUCCAUAUGUUAUCAUAUCUCAUGGGCAUACUCAGUUCAGGUCAACAACAAAAAAGAACACUGCAAAUCCAGAAUGGAAUUUCGAAGUCAAUAUGGCUGUUACAGAUGAUCCAGUCAUCAAAAUCACAGUUUAUGAUGAAGAUAAACUCACCCAAGAUGAUAUUAUAGGAGAGUUUGCUCUGGAGAUUGAACAUAUUCUAAAUAGCGAAAGUGCUGUAAAUGCAUGUGAAAAAUUCAAGAAUGGAGGGGAAGUCUACUAUUCCAUUUCUUUCCAACAUGAGCACAGUGGACAUAAAGAUAUUGGAGACAAUGGAGAUUCAAGCUUGAUUAAUAUUCCAUCAACUUAUCAUCUUCCUACUGGUGAAAAUAUAACAGUUUCCCAUAGUAUUCAGCUCCCCAGCAAUUUCAUUCUCGAAUCUGUAACGACCACGCAGUCUGUUACUAAGCAAGAAUUUUUCUCUCAUUAUCAAACAGAUUCUCUUGGUGCUGAGAUAAUUACCAUGGAGGAGGAGAAGGAUAAUCAAGCAAAUCUUGUCAGGGAAAUUUUCCUUCCUAAUAUAAGCCAGGUGACACUCCCUGAGCUAUAUGAAAACUCUGUUAAAUAUCCUCAUGCAGUUAUUAAUGAUGCAGAAACAAAACAUGAACAAACAAAAGCAGCAGCAGAAAAAUUAGGAGUUUUAAAUGAUACACCCAUCUCUGAAAACCCAGAACCCCAAGGUUAUGCCAGUUUAGAUAAAAAAUCAGAGAAAUUUAAUAGCACUUCCAAGCUUGAAGAUGCUAAUGAAGAUAAAUUGAAGAUACCAUCACUAGAAAGUGAACAUGUUGAACUAUUUGGAGAAAUUUCAAUGAAAGAGAAAAUUUUGUCUGAAAAAAAUGAAACAGUUGUACCAAGUCAACAAGAAAUGGUGGAAUCAGACAAAAUUGAUGAAAAACAACUUUCCAUUAGUGAUCAAAAUGAAACCUUAAUGCAGCUAUUGGAUGAAAGAGCCAACCUAUCACAGUUUCUACCAACAAGUUUAUUGGCCAAUCUGCCGGAGGAAAUGGCUGAAGCAUUAAGGACUGAAGUAUCAAGCCAGAGAAUUAAAAUGUUGAGUGACUUAUGUGAUGACAGCAAGGAAGAGAUCCCUGCCAUUUCUAACAUUCCUGAUGAAGAAAGGAACAUUGUAAAGGAAAUAAAUGAAUUAGUGGAUACACUGGAUGAAGAUGCAGCUAAGCAUGUUUAUGAAGAAAUUCAAAUGAUUCUUAAAGAAAUUGAUGAUUUCACACAAAAUGAAAAACUUGAAAAUCUUAAAGAGUCAUUAAUUCAAAUGCAAAUGGAACAAACAAGGCUUUUACCAUCUCUGCCCAAAGAACUUAUAUCUUCAUUACCUAGUGAUUUAGUAAAAGUCAUUGAGACAGGGUUGAAAGAUUCACUUUUGAAUUUAUCUCACCAACAAGAAACCAUAGUCAGGAUAGAAGAUGACAAAGAAACUUCUCAACUAGAAAAUGAGGAAUUGAAGAAUUCUUCUGAAUCAAAAAUGAAUUCAGGAGAGGAUCUAAUGGAAGAGUUGAUUGAUCUUCAGCUUGAGCAGAAAGAUCUAAUUCAUAACUUACCAAAAGACCUUUUAGAAAAUCUUCCAGAAGAGUUUAAGAAGGAACUAAUAAUGGGAAUCGAAAAAAGUGUUCAACAGAUUGUAGAUGUUGCAGAAACAUCGGAAAUAAAUCUAAAGCCUAUGGAUGUAAAUCAACAGAAAGAGUUAACUGAGGAGAAAAGUUAUCUUUCUGAAGGGCUUCUUACAUCAGAGAUUAAUGAGAACAAUCAUGACAAAUCACAGAACACAGAUCAAAUAAAGGAGAAAAAUAAAACCAAUGAGAAUUUUGAUCAAGAGGAAGAAGAAGAUGAUGAAAGUGAUGAUGUGACACUUCCACCAACUCCAGCAGUAAUGACUCCAUGGUCUGUUGUAGCCGGAUUACCUCUGAGACCUGGUGCUCCAAGUCCUGAUGAAUCUGAUGGAUACUUGGAAAGCCCAUUUUCUCAACUAAAAACUCAAAUUUCAAUUUCUGAUUCUGAUUCUCAGUGCAGAAGAACUCUGUUUGAGAAUCCACUGAAAAAUCUUAAUGUCCCAGUUUCAGCUGAGUUCAGGUCAGUUAGUCCAGAGGUUUUGAAUGUGGCUAGAUUGGCUGUGGAUGAAGUAAUAGAGAAUGCAAAGUUCAAGGUAUUAAAUCUCAACACUGAAGUUUGCAAUGAUGAAAUUAAAAUUUUAAAUGAUAUACCUUCACUUCAAAUAAAGACAGAAACUACAAUAGAAGAAUGUUUUGAGGUUCUUGGAGAUGUUGAAUUUGGUGAAUCAAAUAAAUCAUUGAGCAAAUUGAAAAUUGAAGACACAGUGGAACCCAAUAUAGAACUUGGCCAUGAUCAGAUAAAAGCAAAGCCCAAGGAAAUAGAUGCAAAUGAAGAAUAUUUCGAGAGAGAAACCAAUAAAGAUCAAGAGCUGCCUUGUGAUGUGGAGGAAGUUGAGUUUUAUCAAGAGGAAAAUAGCCCAGAGUCUUUGAUAAGACUAGCUUUGAUUGCAGAUAUAAUCAAACAAAGAGUAAGUCACAUUCCCAAAUCAAGCUUUGAUCAUACAUACACUAGAACAGAGUCUAAGACCUUCGAAUCAAUUGAAGAAAUUAAAUCCAGUAUUUUUGAAGACCUAGACAAUACAAGAUCUAACAUAAAGAAAAGGAAAGUAAUAAUUGUUCAGAAAAAGAUAGUUACAAUUGUUGAAACAGUUUCAAAAUGGUUAGACAAUGUUGAGUAUAAGAUUCUCAAAGUAAGAAAGAUUAGCUCCAUCCAGAAGAAGAAACAAGAACUGAAGAACAUCAAAAAUGAAAUAGAAGUCAUUGAAGAAACAGUAGAUGAGUUGAUUGAAGUAACAGAGUUAGCUGUAGAGAUAUUCAACGAAGAGUCUCAAGUUACAGUUUCCUCUUGUUUGAAUUUACUAAAAGAACAGUUCAAAAUUGUCAAGCUGUCUCACCAGGAUAGUGAGAAUGAACUUGAAGAAUCGGAAGAAAAAUGGGAUGAAUUUUUGGAUGGUUUGCAAAUGGUUGAAAGUCUUGUAAAGGAUUUACGAAACAAUGUAGGAUCUUUAAAAGAAAAAGAUGAAGUAUCUGAAGAAUCUGCUGAAGCCCUGUCUGAACUAGAAACAUGUAGUAAAGGACAUAGGAACAAGUUGGCUUAUCUUAUUCUCACAGCAAAAGGACUUACAGAUACAUUACCAGAAAACAAGGUUCCAGAGAAUUUGUUCACAUUGCUUAAUGAAUCCAAAUGUUUGGAGUCUGAGAUCCAAAAGGAUAGAGAAAAAAUCAUCACACUUAUCCUUAGCAGACAAGAUUAUGAAGAUACUUUGAGAGAGUUUCAAGAUAUUUUCAUGAUUGCUGAAUCAUUUUUCUCACAUGAUAUUACUGUUCUUGAUAUCAAGCAUUUGAACGAUGAACUUGGGAGACGAAAGAAAUUUUUCUUAAACUUGAGUCACUGCCUCCAGAUUCUCAAUUCCAACCAGGAAAUGCUGAGCAAAGAGUUAAUUGAAUUCUACGAAGAAAGUCAUCAAUCAAUUAACAACAGAGGUCUAAACAUACUAAAGCAGGGAACAGAGCAUGUUUUCAACAUAGAUAUGGUGAUUUCGAAAUGGUCAAGUGUUAAUGAAAAAUGGAAUGACAUGAAUAAUCUUGUAGCAAAGAUUGAAGUAGACAUGAGUUCACUGGUUUCUAUAACAGCAGAUGAAGUGUUUGAAAAGCUUGUCAUUUUGAAAAGAAAUAUGGUCAGCUUAGAGGAGAUUAAUAGUGAGCUUAUAAAUCUGAAAUCUGAUGUAGAGGGUAUUAAGAAGACUGUAAACUCCCCUGAUCUUGCAUAUUUACCUGAACCUUUGAACGGCAAGGUUUCACAGUUAAUUUUCAUUCAUAAAGAAAAACUGCAUCAGUUGAGAGAGUUCUUGAACCGUUGGCAAAGAUACGAAAACAUUUUGUCUACAAUUCAAACAUGGCUUGCCAUGGUCGAAAACCAAAAGAUGAACACCCAAUCUCAGAAAAAUUUGCUUCUGUCUGAGUUGAGAACAUACAAAGAUUUAGAAAAAGAAGCCAACUCAAUAUUUUUUCAAGCGUUAAGCAUACUUCCUAUGUCCGAUGAAGACCUACAGUGCCAACUGCAUGCACAGCUUGGAGAACGAAUUAAUGCGUUUGAAAAAAAUCUUUUGAUCAUAGAGGAAUCUGUUGAAGCCCCAAAAGAGCUCCUUGAAGUAUUAGAUGUCAUGAAAACAAUAAAUGAGUUUGCAUCAGGUUCCCUUCCUAUUAUACAAUCAGAAGAAGAGAUCAUUACCUUGAUAAAUAAGCUAAAUUUCAUGCUAAAAACUACAGAAGAAUUAAAGGUAAUCUUGGGUCAUUUGACAGAGAAUGAUUCCGAUCUAGGAAAUCUGGAAGUAAUUGGAAAUAUGUCAAAAGAUCUUAAAAGUGCUCAAGAAAAGAUUCAAAGAGAUAUUUCUAAAACAAGAUGUGAACUUCAUGUGGCUGUGGAGCUACGCGAGAUGUUGGCAUCUCUAGAUUUAGAUGUUAAAGAUCUAAGAGACACUGUUGAAUCUGGUUUUGAGAAGGUUUGCCAAGAAUAUUCAAUGCUCAAGAGAACUAAAAAUCUCACAAAGGUCAUGAGAACCAAUUUUGAUCAACUAUCAGAGAGAAAAACCAAGAUUUUACUCCUCCUUGAAUUUCCAAUGCAGAAGAAGAUUUCAAAGUUUCAGUCCAUGGCCACGAUACUAAACCUGAUCUGUACCAACCUAGAACAGUUGGGCACAUCUUUAUCAAACUUGGAGCUGGAAGUGGAGGAGAAGGAGUUGGUGUGGGAGGAGUUCAUCAAGGAGUUGAAUGCUCUGAGGAAGGUGAACGGAAGGAACACAUUUUUCCAGGAGGUGCAUCAGGCCAGGGGGCACAUUGAUCUAGACAGGCUCAGAGCUGCUUGUGUAAACAUUAAGAAUGUUCAAAUAGAUCAUCUGAUGGAAGAAGACAAUAUUUCCAGACUCAAGGUGGCAGGUAGUAGGUUAACCAGCCUACUCAAUACACAGAACAGUAUAGAGACUCAAACACAGAUAGAAUCCGCCAUAGUUUCAUACAAUACAGUCUGCUCAAGUCUUCUAGAUACCUUGACCCGGUAUACCAGCAGUGUCUUACUGUGGGAAAGAUUUCUUCAGAACUCAGCUGAUAUUAGGACCUGGAUAUUUACUGCUAAUACAAACCUCAGGGGGAUUGAGCUGAAGCUUCAGACCGAUGGAGAUCUCGAAUUUAUCUAUAACGAACUCAAGACUGUACUUGAAGAUGAGAAGAAGAAGGAAGAGGCAAUAAAAGAACUCAAGGAGAUAACAACAGAUAUAUGUGUUCAGCUUAACAUGGACGAGGGGGGACGAUCUGCAUUCAUAGUCGAGGUGGACGAUCUAACUCAUAGAAUAGUUACACUACGCGACACCAUCACAAAUCUAUUUGACACCCUUAAACGACAUAAAACGGAACAGAAAUCCUCGCAAACGAUCGUUGAUGAAUCCAGAUCAGAACUUUGCAAUAUGACCAGCGCACUGGCAGUUCCAGAGCCUGGGUUAGAUAUCACUGAACUAGAACUGGCUGAUCAGCUGAUUGGAACAAGGAAUCAGUUGAUGAGAAUUUGUGGAACUGAGGCUCGGCUUGCUGGUGUACGAAACAAUGGUGUUCCAUCUACUCAACUAGUUCCAUAUACUGGUGAUCCAACGGCAUCAGUAAUGCAACUUUGGCAGCGGGUUUUUGAAGAUACGCUGGAAAAAUAUAAUAGGGUGUCUGCUAGUCUAGCCAACCAAGCUGGGGCUGGUACUUUACUCAAGGUUUGGGAAAACCAUGUUGAUCAGGUAUUGAGUAACCUAGAAGAACCAGUUUCUACAAGCUAUCAGAGCAUAGGAGAACAACUCCGUCUUGGUUCUCUACAUCGAGUUCUCCUAAUCCAGCAUCAGGAACUAGUUCUUCGAUGUACCGGGCUUGCUCCAGAUGCUGUUCAGCAGGUUGCAGAAAAACAUCAUGCAGUCCUUGAUAAGUUGUGUGAGAGAAGCACUGUUCUUGUCACCAGGAAAUCUAUCUGGAAUGAAUAUUGUCUAAAUGCAGAUAAACUCAUAGCUUGGAUCAGGGAGAUGGAAAAGGAGAAGUUACAACUAAGCUUAAAGCAUCUACCUGUCCGACGACUGGACAGGUUGACCCUGCAGCUCGUAGAACUCCUGGAUAGAGUUCCUCACGGGGAGAUGCUCCAUAGAAGUUUGGUUAAACAGCAACUAGAGAUCCAGCCAAACUUUGAUUCAAGCUCAAUAUCAGCAGCUCGCCUUGAACUUCAUGGCUACCAGGAGCGCAUCUCGAGUCUUAAAGCUGGACUCAAAACCUGGCUAGACCACCUAAACAGGAUCAAACGCCUAGCGGUAGAAUACGGAAUUAAAUGCGAACAGCUGACUAAGAUCAUUGUAAAUGCACGAAAUCACAUGGAUUCUGAUCUACCAGAGACCAAGGAGGGAAUAGCUGAAGAUAUAGUGAUGUGCAAGGAGCUUCUUGAUAAGCUAAUGGAUGGAUCUGAGACCCUUGACCAGAUUUCAGAUCUGCUUGAUCAGCUACAUCCAGCGGUCAGUCCGUCUGACAUCAAGCAGAGCAGCCAGAGAGUCUGGUUGCUGCACCAACAGCGCUCAGAUCUACAGCAUAGAGUUGAACUCAGAAUUGCUGAGCUCAACGAGGUUGAGAAUGUAUCCAGUAUUCUGGCAGAGCGGAGGAUACAACUAGAUCAUUGGAUUCAUGACUUUGUAUCCAGGAUACAAAAUAUUCAAGGAGGAUUGGAUACAGCUAUACUCAGGUUGGAAACAGAUAUGAAAGAAGAAUUGGAAGCAAAGAUAGAAGAAAACAAAACUUUUGUUUACCUUCAUUCUCAACAAAUGAGAACCCUUGGCAGUUCUAGGGAUCAGGCUCGUUUCUCAGACAAGGAGGAGACAGAUCCCUCUCAGGUUCCGUUCUCCGUGAAGGAUGAAACAGUUUCCUCUCAGGUUCGGUUAUUUGAGAAGGAUGGAGCGGAUGAUGAUUUAGAGAAGGUUUCGAAAAAACUAUUUCUCAGCAUAGAAUCCCUGAAGAACACUCAGGAGAAAGAAAAUGCUCUGAAGAAGAAGAUCCAGGACUGCAUGGAUUUGCUGAAUGAAUUAGAAGAUGAGUUAACGUCUCCACUUUGUAUCCCUUCAAUGCAAGAGGAAGAUUUUACCCGACUAAGGAAUAAUCUUGGGUCUGCUGACCGAAGAUUAAAGAAUGGAUCUAGUGCUGUAUCCUCCCUGCUACAUGAACAUGAACUACUCACAACAAAUCAUCAACUUCAACAUAAAACCUGGUUCAACAGUUCAGAUCAGAUUAAACUAAUCACACUCAGAUGGGGAAAUGUUUGCUCUGAAAUGGAUCGAAGACAACUGGAGCUGAGAAGCUACUGGGAUCAAAGAUCCAGGUUUAUUCAAGAAAGAUCUCUUCUACAAUCAUGGAUCACAAGUUGUCUAAACAGUAUUCAGGAUGAGAGCUCGGAUCUAGUGUCUGGCCUGGACAGGUUAGGGCGUGUACAUGACGAGCUCCAGGUCCAGGAGGAGAACUUAAACAUUCUCCGAUCUAUCUACUCAUCUUUAGCCUCGGACGGUUUGUUGGAUGGGAUGGGUGAGAUGAAGAGUGCUCUGGAAGCUACUCUACAAUCCUGGACAAUAUUAAACAAUCAAUUGGAAGAAAAUACAAACCGGCUCAAACUAAUACAGGAAAAUCUUUAUCGAUUGGAAGAAAGAAUAAAAGAGUUAUCCAGCUUGGACGAAGGUUUAUAUCAGGACCAAAACGUUCUGAUGAGAUUAGAGGAAGUAUUGGAAACCGGAAACAGCUUUAGAGAAAAUAUUUAUGGAGAUGAUCUACAUCGUCUUGAUUUGUUACUCAGAAACUUGAUGGAAAAGAAAGACUCUGUUUACAAAUCUAUGAAGAGGAUAGAAACAGAAACAGCUCGCCUAGGAUCAACGGAUCUAUCCGUAGAUCCUACGGAAUCUCAAAAUCCGGAAGAAAAUCUAGAAAUACCGGAACCUCAUCUCUCUUCAGAAAACCUGUCAAUCCAACCUUUCCAGGAAUCAAUCGUAGAAACUUCAGAGAGGGAAAAAUCAUCUAAAUCUGAUGAAAAAAUGCAAAGAUUUAAAGGUUUAGUGAAUCCUGGGAUAGAGCGGAUUGAUUCUCAAAUUCAGGUUUCCACUCUUAAUUUUGAGGAGGAUACAGGAGUUCAAACUACACUCUCCCUCCUCUCUCCUUUACCUGAUUCAGGGUUAGGACUCAGUCAAUGUAGUCCUGUUGUUGAAAGAUGGACUCCAGACCUGGUUCCAGAUCUAGAGAUAGACCCUGAGCCUUGUAAGGAGAGUAUAGACCCUGAGGAUGAAAAGUAUGACCAUGAUGAAUAUCUAGUUAUCCGGAGUAGAUUGAACCUUGUCCUGGCCCGGGUAGACUCUAUGAUAAACAGCGGAGCACAGACUUCUAAUUUGGAAACUGAGCUGGACCGAGGUCUGGAACUGAUGGGAUUACUCAGGGUUAAGUUGGGAGCACUGGGUACAUCGGGGAGAAGAAACAGCGAGAAGGAAAUUAAAGAUUUGGAAAAUAGAAUUCAGAUUCUGAGUUCAAGAAUACAUCAGACUAAACCUGACAGUCUGCCCACUGCAAAAACGAUAGUCGAAACCGAACCAGACCCUGGAGCUUUGAGAGAAACAAAAGAAGAUAGUUCUGAUGUAUCUACUAGUGCUAGCAGCUGUCUGCUGUGCAGAAGGAGGGACUGGAGACAGCUGGAGGGGGAACUUUGGAGAUUAGAACUAUGGUUGGAUCAGGCGGAAAGAAAACUAAACCAGUUUAUAAACCAGGGUACACCUACCAGUAUAGAGGCACUGGAGGAAACAAUAUUGGAGCACAGAGAAUUCCUUCUAGAUCUAGACAGUCAUAAAUCCAUAGCACUUAGUAGCAACGUUAUAGGAUCCCAUUUAUCUGAGCACUGUACUGAUGAGAGUAGAGCUAAUGCUCUGACCGACCGGCUAGUGACGGUAAAUACUAGCUGGGACAGGGUAUGUCAGCAAGCUACUACCUGGCAAACCAAUCUACAGACUGCUUUACUAGAGAACAAUGAGUUCCACAACACAAUCCAUCAGCUGCUGGACUGGAUUGAGACUACUAAAGAAACAGUUCGAGAAAGUGAACCAGUAAAUCUUUCCCUGCCUAGAGAGGCUCUACUGGAGAAGUUUAACAAGUUUACAGAGUUGAAGGCAGACCUACAUAGAUGCGAACCUAGAGUUAUUUCUUUACAGGAAGCAGCUGAUCAGCUUGAGCUGCAGGCAGAUAGUGUUAGCUGUAGAGAUGUAAAACGAAAGCUGAAUCUUCUCUCUGGGUCUCUCCGAGGACUGAUACAGGUUUGUGGUAUCUACUGCAUGAACCUAUCACGUGGGCUUGGACUCCCCCCUCCACAAGAUGUAGGAGAAGGAGCUCUGUAUGACAGUGCUCUAGUGCUUCCGCUUCUCUCAAACCAGUUGUUGGGCCGAGACACCGACAGAACCGGUUCCUUGUACAGUGUACACAACAGCUCAAGCGAGGAAGAUAUAGAUACAGGAGUACUCUCUCGGUCUUACAGAUUCCUAGGUCGGGUUGUAAGAGCAGCUCUACCUAUCCAAGCACUGAUGUUGCUUCUGUUAGGAGUAUCCAGUAUAGUUCCUCUAGAACAUGAUGAACUAAUCUGUACUCUACAGAAUAAUCUUCAGAGAUCCCUCGAACCAAUGCUCAGGUGGUCUAAUGGUCCCCCGCCUAUAUAAAUAUGUACUCCAGCAAAGCGAAACUAUUGUAUUGUAUAUGUAAAAAUAAUGUGAUAAAUUACAUAUUAAAUGUGUAUCCAAAUAUUUAACUGUGCACGAAAUCUAGAAUCUAGACUAUUACUUUAAAAAUUGACAAAAACUAGAGCAACUUCAGAAAUACUAUGAAUUGGCAGCUUUUAAAAAAAUACUAAUGUUUUUUUAUUCAUGCAAACUAAUAAUAAUUUCAAUUCGGUUUAUGAUUAAUAAAUGAAAAGAUGGCAAAAUAUAUAUUAAACAAUAAUAUAAAUUUCAAAAACAAGGGAUUUUAAAACCUGAUUAUAUCUAGAAUCGAGCAAAUAUCAGAAUCCAUAAACAUCUGGAUAAAUACUGAUCAACGAUUUAUAAGAAAAUGAUCAUCUGAUCAGCACCCAAUUAAUCAAUGAAAUCCUUUUGGAUAGUGAAUAAUCAGCAAAUAAUUCAACGGAAUGAGUGCUGAAAACCUGUCUGAUUAAAAUUAAUCAGUACAACACAGAUCAAUUUAAUAUUGAUCAAAACAAACAAAAAACAAAAAUCAGUAUCCCUGUAUAGCGAAAUUUAAAAUUAUUAAAUAAAAUAUAUUUUUCCAACUAUUUAUUUAUUUUUCUUAAUCCGUUUCCAAUAUUUCUAAUAUUUCGUUUACUCAUUGCAUUUCAAUGCACACUGUUAAACCUGUAAAUAAAGUGUAUACUAUAAUCUAAUAUAACAAUGUUAUGGUGCUAAAAAAUCUUGUUCGUAUAUAUCAGCUUUAAUAAAUAUCCUUAAUCUU